AUGCGGAGGACUUGUGCUAUUGCAACCCGCUUGAUUGCUCCUACCACGGCAACCCGUUUGAUUGCUACCAAGACACAGAGUAAAGUCGGUGGAGAUAUCUCUUCAGUAUUCCGUUCGCUCUCGGGGAUCCCGCCGCCGCCGUUAUCGAAUAGGUAUGCUAAACUUAAAAGCCGGUUUACAUCUGGGCGACGAAGGAUCCUAGCAGAGCCCUGGGAGAGGUUACUGCUUGAUCUUGAGAAGGCGAUUGCUGUAGUGAAGAGAUAUGGGAUUGAUAUUAUCCCACAAGUCCAGUACAAAGACCUCGCUUGCCUUUCCAAAGAGGAAAUAGCAGAGAUUAAGAAACGAGGUGUGGUUGUUGUUAGAAAUGUCAUCCCAGAUGAAGAGGCUUUGGCAAUGAAGAAGUCAUUGAAGGAUCACAUCAAACGCUACCAAUGGACUAAAGCCUUUCCCGCCGACUCGCCGGCAGUCUAUGAACUAUACUGGUCCCUGGCGCAGCGCGCAGCCAGGGCCCAUUCACCUCUUGUAGCCUCUCAGCGUUUCGUAAACUCUCUCUGGCACUCCUCUCUCCCGUCAUCGGUAGUGGACACCUCCGUGUCUCUGCCCUACGCCGACCGCUUUCGUAUCCGCAAGCCUGGUGAUGCAGGCUUUGCUCUCGAGGCGCAUAUAGACGGAGGUAGCCUGGAGCGCUGGGAAGAUCCAGAGUAUUCUCGCUGCUACGAGAAGAUCUGGACGGGGCAAUGGGAGGAGUACGACCCGUAUAACGCGGAACACCGGGUUCAUGCGAAGAUGGAUAUGUACGAUGGAGCUGGGAGUUGCGGAGUCUGGAGGAGUUGGCAGGGCUGGCUCUCCCUAUCAACCACAUACCCCGGCGAGGGCACCCUCCUGGUAAACCCACUGCUAAAACACACAACAGCAUACACAAUCCUGCGCCCCUUCUUUACCCUCUCCAACCCCCCGACCCUCAGUACAACCCCUCGCUUCCCAAACUCAGUCCAAGGUGCGUGCCAGGAAUACAGCAACACAACACACCCACACCUUUGCCUCGCCGACUCCAUGACGCACGUUCCACGCGUCUCACCGGGCGACUACGAUUUCUGGCACUGUGAUACCAUUCACGCUGUAGAUCGGCAAGUAUCUCGAUAUAUAUUGCAUCAUAUACCUAAACGACCUACUUAUAUACUGAAUCAUGAUCAAGCCAACGAAAUGCGAAUUCCAUAA